ACGCCGGAGCCCGAGCCCGCCGAGCCCCGCCGAGUCCCGCGCCCCGUCUGCGCUCCUCCGCCCCGCCAUGGCCCGGGGUCCGGGCCUCGCGCCCCCGCCGCUGCGGCUGCUGCCGCCGCUGCUGCUGCUGCUGCUGGCGGCGGGCCCCGGCGGCCGCUGUCAGUGCCGCGCGCUGGGCUCGGGCGUGGCGGUGGACUGCUCCACGCUGACCUCCAAGUGCCUGCUGCUCAAGGCGCGCAUGAGCGCCCCCAAGAGCGGCCGCGCGCUGGUGCGCCCCAGCGAGCACGCGCUGGUGGACAACGACGGCCUCUACAACCCCGACUGCGACCACGAGGGCCGAUUCAAGGCGCGCCAGUGCAACCAGACGGCGGUGUGCUGGUGCGUGAACUCGGUGGGCGUGCGCCGCACCGACAAGGGCGACCUGAGCCUGCGCUGCGACGAGCUGGUGCGCACGCACCACAUCCUCAUCGACCUGCGCCACCACCCGGCCGCGCGCGCCUUCAACCGCUCGGACCUAGACGCCGAGCUGCGGCGGCUCCUCCGCGAGCGCUACCGCCUGCAGCCCCGCUUCCUGGCGGCCGUGCACUACGAGCAGCCCACCAUCCAGAUCGAGCUGCGGCAGAACGCGUCGGAGAAGGGCUCCGGCGACGUGGACAUCGCCGACGCCGCCUACUACUUCGAGCGCGACGUCAAGGGCGAGUCCCUGUUCCAGGGCCCCGGCGGCCUGGACCUGCGCGUGCGCGGCGAGCCCCUGCGCGUGGAGCGGACGCUCAUCUACUACCUGGACGAGAAGCCCCCCCGCUUCUCCAUGAAGCGCCUCACCGCCGGGCUCAUCGCCGUCAUCGUGGUGGUCGUGGUGGCCCUCGUGGCCGGCGUGGCCGUCCUGGUGAUCAGCAACCGGAGGAAGUCCGGGAAGUACAGGAAGGUGGAGGUCAAGGAGCUGGGGGAGUUGAGAAAGGAACCGAGUUUGUAGGUACCCGGCGGGGCAGGGAGCAGGGCGGGGGCCCGGGUUUCGGCAUCGUCCCAGACCAAAGUGAGUCCCGCUCCCCGAUUCUCGGCCCAAAGGAGACGUUUCUCCUCCUAAAUAGAUGCCUUCCCUCUCCCCUUUGCGCGCGCGCACCGAGUUUAAUGGCUCCCGGUCUCAGGGUCAUCUGUCUUUUUACCUCUGUGUUGAAGGAAACCUUUCUGAAAUUCCUUCCCUUUCGGUCCAACGAGAGCCUGACCGGAGAGUGAAGGAAAG